AUGACAAUGGCAACACAAGCAAAGGCGCGGCCGUCCCGCAAGGCGAUUGGGAGCGACGAAGCUUAUGCCGCCAUCUUGGACGGGGCACGGCGAUUGCGCAUCCGCUGCUCUCUGUCGCUGAGCAAGCAAAACAUGUUUCGGGAGGCGGUUGAUGUCUUGCAGAGCCCGCAGUCGUCGAGGAGCCGCCAAGAGUAUCGAGUGUUUCUAUAUGAAGUCGCGGAACGGUGCGGCCCCCACGGGAUCUUGCUGUGUGCCACAGAGCUAGGUCAGCACAAGAUCACGACGAUGCGCAAGAGUGAACGGGCAGUCUUGAUUGGGAAGCUGCAAGAGGUCAAGACAGCCGACGCAAUCGACUGUCCAAUGAUACGGUCCUUGGCCAAGGAGCUUGUAAUACCACAGAUUGCACAAGCUCCUUUGGACAGCACAGACACGCUGAUGCGGCAGAUGACGGAACCCGGACGGCAAGGCGUCCAGGGCUCGCUCAGUGAUGCGGCCAACAUGGCUGACUUGGGCCCAAGCAGUGGCUACCCGUAUCCCGAUCUUUCGCAUGGCUCUGAAUCCUUGGCGGAUAGGUCGUGGCUCGGCUCUACGGACCUCCUCGACGGCACCGUGGACUCGCUUACCCCCGGAAGCAUAUCCGGAUUCGGCACGCCGCAAGAGUUGCAUCACAGCGCCUCAAUGGCGGGCAUCGCCAGCAUUCUCGGCAACUUUUGGCACAACAUCAUCCGACGGGCCGCGCCUGUGGACAUUGGCAACAGCACGCCGCGAGGGUCGCUGACGGCGUACCUGCCUCUUGACGAAGAGUCUGCCGACUGUCUGCUGAAGCUGGACAUUUCUCCGGCGGGAGCUGAAUAUCUCGCAUCCAUCUUGUUCAAUGCCGAGAUUCAGGGCGGCUCCCACGCAACGCAAAUCGCCUUUGACAACGGGUCGAAGCUGGCGCUGGCUGUCGCGGCCGGCGCUACCUGGAAGGGCGCUCCGCACCAGGCUCUUUUUUCCAUCUUUGAUACCCAAGUUUGCUGUGCAGUCAUGGAGAGCAAGCUGUAUCAGCGCGAGCUGAAGCAAGGCUUGCAGGUGACGAAUUGUGUGUCAAUGACUCUGACGGCAGAUGGGGCUACUGUCGAUGUGACGCUCGGUGCGAGACAGGCACUGGGCAUAAUAUACAAGUUUUUUGUAUAG